AUUCGCUAACUCACGUUAUUACACGUGUUUCCUUGACGAGUCGCUCCACUACACUUCCCAAGAUCCUUCACCUCGGAAGCGGUUCACUGAGACAGGAAGUGGCAUUGUUUUGGAUGAUAUGCGGCGCAUUACUCGGCACGCGUGUGAGGAUGGCCCAGUACCAGAGGAGCAGGAGACAGAGGGCCAGAGGCAGCUGCACAGCCUGCUGCUCCAGCAGCUCGACACCGAGGCGGACAUCAACCGGUGCGUCGCUAAGAGGAAGUGCUUCGCGCCUGCGGCUCUGUACAAGCCGUUUGGGGACCAGGCAGCGGGGGUGAAGAGUCUGGCCCAGUUUCAGGCUCUGCAGGAGGGGGAGCAGGAGCUGGCCAGCCUGAGGGAGCUGGGCCUCACCGAACCGGAGAUGGAGCUGUGGAGGAGUAGGGACCUGCCGGAGGCGGAGGGGCAGAGCAGCGGUGUCCGCGCAGCUCCUGGGGCCAGACGGCAGCGCCUGCAGGCCAUCCGGGAGAAGGUGGAGGCGCGGGAGAAGCUCCUGUCCCUGCCCCAGCGCCUGUCCGCCAGCCGGCCUCUGUCCCGCAGAGAGAUGGAGAUCGAGCGGGCGCUCUUCCACGGCAGCGAGCGCCUCAGCUUCCUGUCCGCCCUCUACCACCAGGGUGAGUGUGCUGUGCCACUGCCAGUCUGA